AAUCCAGUGCGGCGCUCAGUCGUCUUCAAACUGAGUCAGGAACGUUGGUCUGUGACAAGCGAGACAGAAAAGCAAACAUGGCAGAAGUAGCUCCAGCUCCCGCCGCCGCUCCGGCGAAAGCCGCUAAGAAGAAGACCUCCAAACCGAAGAAGGCCGGUCCCAGCGUCAGCGAGCUUAUCGUCAAAACGGUGGCUGCUUCAAAGGAGCGCAGCGGCGUGUCUACCGCAGCCCUCAAGAAGGCUCUGGCUGCCGGAGGCUACGAUGUGGAGAAGAAUAAAGUGCGCGUCAGGACCGCCAUCAAGAGCCUGCUGACCAAGGGCACCCUGGUCCACACCAAGGGCACUGGCGCUGCCGGCUCCUUUAAGAUGAGCAAGAGUACCGAAACCAAGACUCCCAAGAAGGCUGCAGCUAAGAAAGUCGCUCCGAAAGCCAAGAAGCCCGCCGCGACUAAGAAACCCGCAGCUGCUAAAAAGCCCAAGGCAGCAGCCAAGAAACCCGCCGCGGCUAAGAAGUCUCCCAAGAAGGUCAAGAAGCCCGCAGCAGCAGCCAAGAAGACGGCCAAGAGCCCCAAGAAAGUCACCAAGAGCCCCAAGAAGGCAGUGAAGAAGGCGCCCGCAGCCAAGAAAGCUCCUGCUAAGAAGGUAGCCAAGCCUAAAGCCAAAAAGACCGCGGCCAAGAAGAAGUAAAACAUCAGCAACAACUUUUGCUACACAAAGGCUCUUUUAAGAGCCACCACCUCUGACUUAAGAGCUUUUUCCUAUUUUUUAUUAUCAAACGGCUCAGUGGUUGCUCAUAUAAUUUCUAACAUCACAUCUUGUUACUCUUAAAAUUAGUGUUAACAAAAAUGUUUACAUCUGUUUGUAAAACAAACGUAAAGGUUAUGAUGUUUUACUUGGAUCACACUGAUCUGACUUCUUUUAAAAUCUUUUAAUUUUUAUGUAAAAUCAGACAACUGUUAACAAAUUUAACAAACUUUGUGCUGCAAAGGAAUUAUUUUAAUAAACGGUAUACAUGUUUUGAUAAUCAUUCAGAGCCGCUGUAAUGGCUGCUUUCAGAAUGUUGAACUGAAAUUACAUGUGUCUGUUCCUAUAUAUUAUCACUGUAUGUUCAUGAUUGAAACAGUCAUUUUAAAUUUGAAAUAUUGUCAAGUGAUCUGAGUGAACAUGUUUUAAAACCAUUGAAAAUAAUUAGUAUAUAUCCCACUCUAUGCCU